UUGUUGGAUUGGGAUAUGGGCAACGAGUGUUUCUUGUCCUUCACCACGUCACACUUGUCCGAGGCCGAGCAAAAUCUUGCCCUAUACAGACUCCAGAUUGUUGAGCCACCAAAACUGCCUUUGGAAAAAAUACCCAACCCUGAUAAUGAUGGUCCGGACAUUAAACCCAAUCUGUGGAUGUGGGUGAACCCAAACAUCGUGUAUCCUCCCGGCAAGCUGGAGGUUAAAAAGGAAGACCCGCCAGUUGUGCUGCCUGCCUGCCAGCCAGCCCUGAAAGAGGAAGAAGACAGCUGUUUGGAAGCUUCGGAGACGCUGUCACCUCCUCGCAAGCAGAAGAGGAAGCAGAAGGAGAAGCACAUUGCCUCUUCCCCUAGCAUCUGGGAGGAGCUUACAGAAGAGGAGGAGGCCAAGGACCAUGAUGACAGCUCCUCUGUGACUCUCCCAUCCCUUCCCACAAGGGCCCCACUCCAGAGUCAGCUUCCGCAAGCCAUCAGGCCAGAGGGGAGGCUCUGGUCCCGUCCCCCGCUCCAUUACUUCCAUCUGAUUGCUUUGGCACUCAGAAACAGUCCCCCCUGUGGUCUCAACGUACAGCAGAUCUACAGCUUCACUCGAGAGCACUUUCCUUUUUUCCGGACAGCUCCAGAAGCCUGGAAGAAUACGGUCCGUCACAAUCUCUGUUUCCGAGACAGCUUUGAGAAAGUGCCGGUCAGUAAGCAGAGCCAGGCCAGCACUCGGCCUCAAGCCUGCCUCUGGAAGUUGACUGAGGAGGGACAUCGCCGGUUUUCGGAGGAGGCCCGAACCUUGGCUUCCACUCGGCUGCAAAGUAUCCAACAGUGCAUGAGCCAGCCAGAUGUGAUGCCCUUCCUCUUUGACCUUCAAGAAGAAUCAGCCAUACCUUAUUAA